CACCUGCUAAGGAACAGAUGAUGGGCAGCCUAAAUAUAUUAGGAAUACUCACUGUUUCUUUCGUACUGUUUCAUUUCUCUGUCACCCAAACCAAUGAUGUUGAGGGAAGAGCCCGUCAAUUCUUCAGGAGUGGCCACACCAAUAACUGGGCUGUACUGGUGUGUACAUCCCGUUUCUGGUUCAACUACAGACAUGUGGCCAAUAGUCUGUCAGUGUAUCGAAGUGUCAAGAGGCUGGGGAUCCCAGACAGUCACAUUGUUCUGAUGCUGGCAGACGAUAUGGCCUGUAACCAUAGAAACCCCAAACCAGCCACAGUGUUCAGCCACAAAAACAUGGAGUUGAAUGUGUAUGGGGAUGACGUGGAGGUGGAUUACCGGGGAUAUGAGGUGACGGUAGAGAACUUCCUGAGGGUUCUGACGGGGAGAUUGCCACCAAGCACUCCUCGGUCAAAGCGCCUGUUGUCUGAUGAUCACAGCAACAUCCUGAUCUACCUGACAGGUCACGGGGGAAAUGGCUUUCUGAAGUUCCAGGACUCAGAGGAGAUCAGCAAUGUGGAGCUGGCGGAUGCUUUUGAGCAGAUGUGGCAGAAGCGUAGGUACCACGAGCUGCUCUUCAUCAUAGACACAUGCCAGGGGGCCUCCAUGUAUGAACGCUUCUACUCUCCCAACAUCAUGGCUCUGGCCAGCAGCCAGGUCGGAGAGGACUCCCUCUCGCACCAGCCUGAUCUGGCAAUUGGAGUCCACCUGAUGGACAGGUACACCUUUUACCUGCUGGAGUUCCUGGAGGACAUACACCCAGCCAGUCAGGCCAACAUGAAUGACCUGUUCAAAGUGUGUCCCAAGAGCCAGUGUGUGUCCACUCCAGGCCACCGUACUGACCUGUUCCAGAGGGACCCUGGCAGCGUGCUCAUCACUGACUUUUUCGGCAGUGUUCGAAAGGUGGAGAUCACCAUGGAAACCAUUGAUUUGACAGCUGCUGCAGAGCCCCUUUUGGAGGAGAAAGAAACAAGGGUCUUUGCUGAGGACUCUCCCACUCAGAUGCUGUCCUAUGUGGACCAGCUGCCUGUGGCCGAGAUCAUACACCAGAAGCCCAAGCAGAAAAACUGGCACCCUCCCGACGGCUUCAUCCUGGGCCUGUGGACCCUCAUUAUCCUCAUCUUCUUCAAGACCUACGGCGUCAAGCACCUCAAGCACAUCUUCUAGAAAGGCAGCCAAGAGAGUGACAGACACUCUGCCGAGGACAAAUGGAACCGUCUGAAUUACUGGGAAAGAAUGCAAUCUUUUUCUCCUCCAGAUCCCCUGACAAUUGUGUGUCGGGUGGCAAGUUCAACCUGUCUGAUUGACAGCUACUGUAUGUCGGUGGUGGAAAAUACUUGAAUAACUUUUUUUGGGACUUUUUUUAUUUUAUUGCCUUUUCCCUUCUAUUGGAACUGCAACUAGCUGUUGCUUUCAGUCACAUGUGGCAGUUUGUUAUCGUGGUGCAGUAAGUGGAGUGAUCAGUGUUCGCCAACCACUGACAAACGUUGCCCCCAGCAAGAACAUGAUUUUCAUCCCUCACUGACUGCACCCUUGUGACUACAGUAACCGUUUGCCAGAGAGAGGAUUUUGAAUUGCAAUUGUGUGUGCCGAAGGAAAAUGAGAUCGCGGCCCACAAUGUCACUGUAUAUUUACUCAAUUAAUAAUGUAGGAUUGGAGCUCCUCAUGCAGCUCACGGCUUCCAUCAAAGACAGUCUUUUUCAUUGUGAUUUUUUUUUUCCGCCACAGACUUUUUUUUUCUCCAGAACCGCAAACCAUAAUAUGGCUAUUGACCCUAUUAAUUUUGUAUUUGCCAUUCAAGAAAUGUCACAGGAACCCUAAGGAGGAGGACCCUGGAAGGAGACAGACAGCGACAGAGUCCUUCAUUGUAUUGCUACUGCAGUCCCCAGAGACUGGCGCCUGGUUUGUCUCUAUAGUUUUUACACAUGCAUUAUUUAUACCGUUUCUCUCAGACAGUGACUGUUAUAGUUUAUAAUGACGGGGCCAUGUAAAUGUACCCAUACAACGGCCGAGAACGAGAAUGCUAUUGAUUUUCAUUUGUUGCUCUGAAUUUACUACUGAAGUGUGGCACCCAGAGGUUUAUGUGGGAUGAAUGGUACGGAUUGUGAUUAGUGUAUUGGCACUCCCUCUCUUUGUGUGCUUAUGUGCAUCCAUGUAUUCACACAGAAGCGAGAGCCAUAUCAUUAGUCAAGCUCUGCCAGGAGCAUGCAUUAUUGCAGCAGCAGCAGUAGCACCGACCCCAUCACACUCUCUCACUCACACACACACACACACACACACACACACACACACACACACACACACACACGUACACACACACACUCACACACGUACACACACACACACACGUACACACACACACUCACACACACAAGCAAGCGUGCGCACCCUUUGAGUGAUAUGGAUUGUGCGUGUGAUAAAUGUGUCCACUCCCCACUGAUGUAUCCUGCCUAUUUUCCAUUAGCUAAAUAGCACUUUCUCACAUCAUGUCUGUUGACUCUACUUCUUCAUUGAUGGGGAGUGCUCGCUAGUUGCCUUUUAGGAAGGGCUUGAAGCAACCCCUGUACAACAUUUUGCCUCUGAACACAAAAACUACAUUUUGUUUUUCAGUCUUUUUUCUGUUUUUCUGUCACCCAUCACACGUUUUAAUCCUCUAAGGCAGUGUUUCCCAACCUUUUUUGUCACGUGUACCCCCUGAGCCUUUUUGUCAUACCAUGAGUACCCCCUCACUCAUGCUUUAUAUCCCAAUGUGACUAUGCUCCAUACAUUUUUUCAUUUUCCCAAGUACCCCCUGCAGUGUGCUCGCGUACCCCUAGUGGUACACGUACCCCUGGUUGGGAAACACUGCUCUAAGGGCUGCAUUUGGGGUUUUUUUGUGCAUAUGUUGGGUGUGUGUGAAACAGUUGGUGUAACGGCUGUGUCAGCAUCUCUGGGAGUGUGACUAUUGUGAGAUCCACGCGUGUCCUUUAAAAUCUGCUGCUGCAUGUUUCUUUUGUCCAUGCUUUUGCUGAAGAUGAUGGUUUUUGCUUUUUAACGAUGGCCUCAAGUGUCACUUGAAAUAAAUGCGAAGGAAAUGGAACUUGAA